UGCCAUACAGAAGUGGAGCUGGCUUCCAAUGACAGAACAGCACCAAAGUAAUUGAGACAAGAGGCAGGUGUUUUUCAGCAUUUUGAUAUAAGUGAAAAGUCAAAGACACCUGAGGAGCUUUAUACCUGUUGGCAAAAGCAGGUUUAAAGGCUAUAGGCAGGAAGGGAGUGUGUGCAAUAGCAAUUAGCUUAGAAAAGUCGGUGAGAGGAAGAAAGAACAGAGAAGGGUUUUUUAAAAAAAUAAUAUUCUUUGUUGAUUGUGUGAGCUGCUCUAAAACAUGUUUAGGAAGUCUCCAGUCUCGUCACUUUCUAAUGGAAGCUACCCACGGGGACAAUCUAAGUUGCCUUCAACUUAUGACUUCAAGGGAGACCCAGGAGACAAAGUGGUGCUGAAGAAGAAAAUAACUUUUCUGAGAGGAGUAUCCAUUAUAAUUGGCACUAUAAUUGGAGCGGGAAUCUUCAUCUCUCCAAAGGGAAUCCUCCAGAACACAGGCAAUGUGGGAAUGUCCUUGACUGUCUGGACUGUCUGUGGCAUUCUUUCACUCUUUGGUGCUCUCUGCUAUGCAGAAUUAGGGACAAGUAUUAAGAAAUCUGGUGGGCAUUACACAUAUAUCCUUGAAGCCUUUGGCCCACUACCUGCCUUUGUAAGAGUCUGGGUAGAACUACUCAUCAUACGCCCUGCUGCCACCGCAGUAAUCUCUCUGGCAUUUGGACGCUACAUAUUGGAACCAUUUUUUGUACAGUGUGAAAUCCCUGAUCUUGCUGUUAAACUCAUCACAGCUGUGGGAAUUACAAUUGUAAUGGUCCUGAAUAGUAUGAGUGUCAGCUGGAGUGCCCGCCUUCAGAUUUUCCUAACCUUUUGCAAGCUUGUAGCAAUUUUGAUAAUUAUAGUCCCUGGAGUUAUGCAGCUAAUUAGAGGAGAAACUGAGCACUUUAAAGAUGCCUUUUUUGGAAAUGCAGCCAGUGUCAAAGGAUUGCCUCUGGCUUUUUAUUCUGGAAUGUAUGCUUACUCUGGUUGGUUUUAUCUCAAUUUUGUUACUGAAGAAGUGGAAAACCCUGAAAGAAAUGUGCCGCUUGCCAUUUGCACAUCAAUGGUUAUUGUCACAUUUGGCUACGUCUUAACUAAUGUGGCCUAUUUUACAACUCUCAGCCCUGAGGAUAUGCUAAUCUCCAAGGCAGUGGCAGUGACUUUUGCUGAACGCCUACUGGGAAGUUUUUCCUUAGCUGUUCCUAUUUUUGUUGCACUUUCUUGUUUUGGAUCUAUGAAUGGUGGCAUUUUUGCAGUUUCUAGGAUGUUCUACGUUGCAUCCCGUGAGGGUCACCUUCCAGAAAUUCUCUCCAUGAUUCAUGUUCGCAAGCACACUCCUCUACCAGCUGUCAUUGUUUUGUACCCUCUCACUAUGAUCAUGCUCUUCACCAGUGAUCUCUACAGCCUCUUGAACUUCCUCAGUUUUGCAAGAUGGCUUUUUAUAGGAUUGGCAGUUGCAGGGAUGAUCUAUCUCAGAUAUAAAUGUCCUGAUAUGCCUCGUCCUUUCAAGGUGCCACUCUUCAUUCCUGCUCUAUUUUCCUUCACUUGCCUCUUUAUGGUUGCACUGUCACUUUAUGCUGAUCCGGUUAAUACUGGCAUUGGCUUUGCCAUUACACUGACAGGUGUCCCUGCCUACUACCUCUUUAUCAUAUGGGACAAGAAGCCAGCAUGGUUUAGACGGUUUUUAGACAACAUGACAUCAACAUUGCAAAUAAUCUUAGAAGUUGUUCCAACAGAAGAAAAUCCAAGUUUGUGAUCUUCAGCUAGAAGAAUCUGCUUUGUUAGUCAAGCAUCCAAGUUCUUCAUCGAUUGAAUGAAGAGUAUUUUUGCCAAAAGGCUUUUUUUUAAUUAACUGUUAUUGGAAAACUUGGAGAAGUUAAAUUGGGGCAUCACUUUUAACCUGUUACUUGAUGAGAACUUUAAAUAGAAUUGUUAUGGAUGUAUGUGUGUACACAUAUAUAAAAAGUUAUCUGACACUGUAUCAACAGUUUUGUAGGCAACUGUUUUAACUGUUGUUAAACAGUGCCCAUCUUCUGUUUUGCAAAUGGAGUUGAUGUGAUAUUUCCUAUAUUUUAAAUAUAUAAGAGCUCAAGUUCUUCAUACUGAUAUUUACUAAGAACAUUUGUUUUAAAAAUGUUCAUGAUAGCUAGAAAUAAUAUAAUGGAUUGUAUAUGAAUUCUCUUUGCUGGACGUGAAGUAAGACAAGAAUAAAAGAGUUGUUUGAAUUAAUACAAAAUUAUUCCAUUUUUUUUAAAUCACACUUUUCUGUUUCA